ACUAAUUAAUUAGUAGCCAUGGAAACUAGGACAUCUUCGACUAUAGAAAUCAUGGAGGACGAAGAAGAGAAGGCGCCGUUACUUUCAAACAAAGGGCUGUCGGAAGUAGAUAGAAACCUCAUCCAACAAGGCAUCAGCCAGACGUUCCGAAGCACGGCUUGCCUUGCCAACCUCCUCCCCACCGGCACGGCCCUCUGCUUCCAGGUGCUGGCGCCAAUAUUCACAGGCGGAGGCAAAUGCGGCGCGGCAGGCCAGGCCAUGACGGGAGCGCUGGUGGGGCUGUGCGCGUUGUCGUGCGUGCUACUGAGCUUCACGGACAGCGUCCAGGACAAGAAGGGGAACGUUUACUACGGCUUCGCGACGUUAAGAGGCAUGUGGAUCAUGGACGGGUCGGUGAGUCUUCCGCCGGAGAUCGCCGUCAACUAUAAGCUGAGGUUUAUCGACUUCGCGCACGCGCUGAUGUCUCUGGUGGUGUUCGCGGCGGUUGCGAUGUUCAAUGAGAGUGUGGUGGAGUGCUUGUGGCCGGCGCCAUCGCCGGGGACCAAGGAGGUGCUGGCGGCGCUGCCGGUGGGGAUCGGGACGGUGGGAAGUAUGUUUUUCCUUUCUUUUCCGACCACGCGACAUGGCAUUGGCUUUCCCCUCUCUUCUACUUCAACGUAAUGCCCCUUUUUUAUUCUCCAUUUUAUACAUUCCAAACAUAAUUUAUUAAAGGCUAGUAAUUUUUUUAUACUCAUAUUUGUUUUUUUUAUUGACCUUUUGUAAACUUUUGUAAUUGUAAACGUUGUCUCCUUGAGCUUGCAUCCGAGUUUAGUCGAGGAUGCUCCCAGCCCAAAUGAUAUCCAUGCAUUGGAUAGCAAGCACCAUAUAGGACGUGACCAAGGUAAUGCGGAGGAUGUAUUCCCCUCGAGUGGUCCCCUGUCCAGCUGGAAGGAGGUGCUCCUUGGUGCCAGCAAGACUUAAUCAAUUUGGAUAAGGAGAAAAAAAUAUGUUUCUGUUAUUUUAUUUUGUUUGGUAGUGUAUUAGGGUUUAGCCUAUUAGGAUUCUAAGUCCUUCUGUGACCAUGUAUUUAAACAAGUUUUUGUAACAUUGUUACUUAACGUGAAAAUACUAGUUCACCUUUCUCAACCUA